AGUCAACUCCUGGGCCAGCCCGGUCGCUGCCGGGCGCGGCGGGGAGGGACGGCGAUUGAGAAAGCCCUGUUCCCACAAGGCCGCCUUGCACCGGUCCCCUCGGCCCGCGCCGCCCCCGUCCGCGGCCGCCGCCGAGCGCGGGGAGCCUCCGCGGGCCCUUUAAGGGCCGAGAGGUGCGCGGUCUCUUUAAGGCAGGUCCUGGUGGUUUCUGUUUUCUGAAGGAAGUGACGGGGGGUGGGAUUGAAUGAAAAGUGCAAAACAGAGUCUCGGAGCGCCGGAGUUGGGGGCCGUGGGAGCGAGGGCACUGGGCCGGGGAGGCAGACGGGCCCUUGGAGCGCGGUGUCCGCCUCGGAGCCGCCGGGGGACGCGCGACGGAGCGCAGCCCACGUGCGUCGGCGCCGCGUCGCGGGCGCCCCGCGGCUGAGCCCCUCGGGGAGCCGCGCCCCGGCGCCGCGAACUAGCCUCCAAGUUAGGGCGAAGUUUGGCCGAGCCGCUCCCCGCCCGCCCGCGGCGCGCCGGGACCGCGAGGGCGGCGGCGGUCCCCGGGGAUGCGCCCACCCGGCCGCGGCGGGGUCCCCCCGGCGUCCCCUGCGCUGCUGCUCCUGCUGCUGCCGGUGCUUAUGCAGCUGCUUGGGGCGCCGCGCAGCGUGGGCGCGGGGACCGGGGCUGGCGCGCCGUCUGAGCUGCGGGUCCGCGUGCGGCUGCCCGACGGCCAGGUGACCGAGGAGAGUCUGCAGGCGGACAGCGACGCCGACAGCAUCAGCCUGGAGCUGCGCAAGCCCGACGGCACCCUCAUCUCCUUCACCGCCGACUUCAAGAAGGAUGUGAAGAUCUUCCGGGCCCUGAUCCUAGGGGAGCUGGAGAAAGGGCAGAGCCAGUUCCAGGCCCUCUGCUUUGUCACCCGGCUGCACCACAAUGAGAUCAUUCCCAGCGAGGCUAUGGCCAAGCUCCGACAGAAAAAUCCACGGGCAGUGCGGCAGGCUGAGGAGGUGCGGGGCCUGGAGCAGAUGCACAUGGACGUCACCGUGAACUUCAGCCAGGGGGGCCUGUUGAGCCCCCAUCUCCGCAACGUGUGUGCCGAGGCCGCGGAUGCCAUCUACACCCGCCAGGAGGACGUCCGGUUCUGGCUGGAGCAAGGUGUGGACAGCUUCGUGUUCGAGGCCCUGCCCAAGGCCUCAGAGCAGAUGUCGCUGCCUCGCUGUGGGCAGGUGGGGGACCGCGGGAAGCCCUGCGUCUGCCGCUACGGCCUGAGCCUGGCCUGGUACCCCUGCGUGCUCAAGUAUUGCCACGGCCGUGACCGCCCGACACCCUACAAAUGUGGCAUCCGCAGCUGCCAGAAGAGCUACAGCUUCGACUUCUCCGUGCCUCAGAGGCAGCUGUGCCUGUGGGACGAGGACCCCUAGCCCGCUUGGGACAAGGGGUGGUCCCGGAGGCAGCUGCUUGGGGCCCACUGCUCCUCCCCCAGCCGCCAGAGGGGGUGGCCACCCCCUUCCCUCCUCCUCAUCCCGGAGCCUCUGCCCCCGGACUUGUCACUGUGAAAAGGGGUGUGGCACGGCAGGGGUUAACUCAUGAAGGCAGCCCCCCGCUCCCAUGGGGACGGAGGGAGAAGGGGGUUCUCCAAGCUUGCCGCCCCCAUCUCCCCUGAAAUGUUCGCUUUCAAGCAGCCAAAAUAUGACAGCGUGACUCUCCUAUUUAACUCUUUGCAGGUUUAGACCCUGGAAGGUGUCGAUACCUGUGACACCCACCUCCCCACGCCCAGCCCCCUGCCCCACCCUCCAGAAGGAGCUGGCCCCCGUGCACCUUCCCACUGCCCAACAGGGAGGGGAUCCUUGCCCCAGAGAGGGGGCAGUGCCGAGAGCGGAUCUCAACACGUUCCUCUCACUACUGGCCUCGGAGGCUGCCCGGGGCCAGCUGGGGGCCCCCCACCCCGAGACAGACCGCAGGUGCCUUUCCGCAGACCUGGACUUUGCCAAGGGAGCUGGAGCCGGCUUGCACCCUCGAAGCAGAAAUAUUGUUUAAGGUUUUGAGGCAGGGAGGGAGCAUGAAGUAUGAGGAAAACUUGAAUCCCAGAUUUUUACUGCAAAGUAUUUAUCAUUUGUACCAGAAAUAAAAGUUUAAAUUUUUACGUGGCUGGUAGCGCUAGACUCAGAGUUCUGGGAGAACUUUUGGCCAAUGCGGCUACCUGGUGUCAGGAGAAGCGUCCCUGUGCUCUUGGUGGCCCAUCUUGGGACAACAGCUCCUAAAGCACCUACUGUGUGCUCAGCCUUGUGUUGGGAGGAGAGGAUGUAGAUGGGGGUGGGUAUUAUUAGGAAAAGAUACGACGAAAUUUAUGCGCUUAAGAAGAUGAGACAUACAUAGACGGGCAAGCCAGGCAGUAAAAGACCCCGUGACAUAGACUGAGACGUGAGAUAUGGUGAAAACUCUGGAAUCAGACUUCCAGGGGUCAAAUCCUGGGCAUGAUUUUUUUUUUUAAAUUUAUUUUAUUGAAGUAUAGUUGAUUUACAAUGUUGUGUUAGUUUCUGGUGUAUAGCAAACUGAUUCAGUGAUUACAUAGAUAGAAUAGUUUGCAUUUGUUAGUCCCAAACUCCCAGUCCACCCUUCCCCCACCCCCUUCCUCCCCUCCCCGUUGGCAACCACAAGUCUGUUCUCUAUGUGAGUCUGUUUCUGUUUUGUAGAUAAGUUCAUUUGUGUCAUAUUUUAGAUUCCACAUGUAAGUGAUAUCAUAUGGUAUUUUUCUUUCUCUUUCUGACUUACUUCACUUAGUAUGAUCAUCUCUAGGUCCGUCCGUGUUGCUGCAAAUGGUAUUGUUUCAUUCGUUUUUACGGCUGAGUAGUAUUCCAUUGUAUAUAUGUACCACAUCUUUUUUUAUCCAUUCACCUGUCAGUGGAUAUUUAGGUUGUUUCCAUGUCUUGGCUAUUGUAAAUAGUGCCGCUAUGAACAUAAGGGUGCAUGUAAACAUCUUUUCGAAUUAGAGUUUUGUCCAGAUAUAUGCCCAGGAGUGGAGUUGCUGGAUCAUAUGGUAACUCUAGUUUUUGGAGGAAGCUCCAUACUGUUUUCCACAGUGGCUGCACCAAUUUACAUUCCCACCAACAGUGUAGGAGCGUUCCCUUUUCUCCACAGCCUCUCCAGCAUUUGUUAUCUGUAGACUUUUUAAUGGUGGCCAUUCUGACCAGAGCAAGGUGAUACCUCACUGGAGUUUUGAUUUGCAUUUCUCUGUUAGUGAGGUUGAGCAUCUUUUCAUGGGCCUGUUACUGGCCAUGAUUCUUUUGUUUGUUUGUUUGUUUUUUGAGGUACGCGGGCCUCUCACUGUUGUGGCCUCUCCCGUUGCGGAGCACAGGCUCCGGACACGCAGGCUCAGCCGCCAUGGCUCACGGGCCCAGCCACUCUGCAGCAUGUGGGAUCUUCCCGGACCGGGGCACGAACCCAUGUCCCCUGUAUCGGCAGGCGGACUCCCAACCACUGCGCCACCUGGGGAGCCCCCAUGAUUCUUACUUGCUGUGCAAUCUUGAGUUACUUUACCUCUCUGUGCCUCAGCUCUCUCAGCUAUAAAAUGGGCUGAAUUGUGAGACUGAAGUGAAUUUAUACGUGUCAAGUGCCCAGCACAUAGUGAGUGCUCACUGUGUUAGCUGCUAUUAAUAUAGUUACCAUUAGUGAAAAGAGCAGACGUUUCCUCAUUUAUAAACCCGAGACAGUGGAGCCAGACAUCCUGAAGGCCUCUUCACUUCAAGAGUAUCUUCUAGCAUAAAGAGGCUGUAAUAUGAAGUGCCGGGCUGGGCACUGAGUGCUUCCAAGGAGGAGGGAUGUGCAGGCUGAGUUGAUUGGGGAGGGUUUCCUGGACGAGAUGGGACGUGGGUUGAGGCUUCAGGCUGGUAGGGGUUUGGCAAGGUGGAGGGGACCGUGUGAGCACAGGGCAGAGACUGGAGUCUUUCAGGUGUUGGGCAAGUCCCAGGGGUCCCAACUCCUGAGGAGGGAGGAGGCUGGGAGUCAGAGCCUUCCUCACAGGCCUUGGAGGAGGAAGGGGACUGGCAGGGCUGUCCCCCUUACUCUGCUCCCCAGCACCCCCAGAACAGGCUGCUGCUGCCCCUUGAACUGUGCUGGCCAGAGGGGUGUGUUGGGUGCUGGGCUUGCUUGAUGGUCAAGUUAGUGGUAGGGGAGCGGGGAGACAUCCUUUUCAAGUGGGCGUGCCUCUUUCUGAACCUGUUUUCAAGGACCAGCUUCAGCCGUGCUGGGGGGCAAGUUGGGGAGGCCUUCCUCCCCAAGCCUUUUUCUCCUUCUCCUCCUGCUCAGCCCCUGCUCCGGGUGAGGGAGGGGAUUACUUGGAGAAGGCAUCUCCCACCCCUCUUAACUCUGUGGGUGUGUCUUCAUUGCUGGGGGUGGUGGUCCCCAAACCAUAUGCCUUCCCUACUCACUUCCAAAUAG